AAGUCGCUAUUAAAAUGUAUGAUUCGGAAUCGGAACGUUUGUUUUUGUAAAAAUGGCGACGGCAAUUGUUAGUUCGGCUCGUCAGGUGGGGAGGCUAACAAGUGCUGCAAGGAGGCUUUAUUCAGAUGUUUAUCCCAAAAUAACCACUCAUUAUACCAUUCAUCCCCGAGAUAAGGAUCCGAGAUGGAAAGACAUAAGCAUGGAACGGGUGGCCGAAGAGACAGAUAUCCUCAUUAUUGGGGGUGGUCCAGCUGGUAUGGCUGCUGCAAUCAGGGCUAGACAAAUAGCAGAGGAAAAGGGUGCUGAAAUACGAGUAACAUUGCUUGAGAAAGCAGCGGAAGCUGGAGGUCACAUUCUCUCAGGGGCGUGUGUGGACCCCGUAGCUCUGAGCGAGCUUAUUCCCGACUGGAAGGAAAAGGGGGCUCCGAUUAACACACCUGUGACAUCUGACAAGUUUGGUCUUCUUACUAAAAGUAGCAGGAUUCCCAUUCCUGUAUUUCCUGGGCUACCUAAUUACAACCACGGCAACUAUGUCGUUAGAUUAGGUCACUUAGUGAAAUGGUUGUCUGAACAAGCAGAGGCUGUGGGUGCUGAGGUGUGGCCAGGCUGUGCUGGUGCAGAUCUAAUAUUUCGAGACGAUGGAUCUCUCAAAGGAGUGGCCACCGGUGAUGUGGGUAUAGCUAAGGACGGUAGUCCUAAAGACAUGUUCGAACGUGGCAUGGAAUUCCAUUCUAAAAUUACUAUAUUUGCUGAAGGAUGCCACGGUCACUUAACCAAGAUGGUAUCAAAGAAGUAUAACCUCCGUGAGAAUAGUGAACCACAAUCAUAUGCUAUAGGAUUAAAGGAGCUUUGGGAAGUUAAACCUGAGAACCACAAACCAGGCUUAGUCGAACAUACAAUAGGAUGGCCACUAGACAAAAACACAUACGGAGGCUCAUUUAUAUAUCACCUCAAUGUGGCAGAGGGUGAAGCACCCUUAGUAGCAGCUGGUUUUGUAGUAGGACUUGAUUACACCAACCCUUACCUCAGUCCCUUCCGAGAGUUCCAAAGAUUCAAGACGCAUCCGUACAUCAGGCCUAUGUUUGAAGGUGGCACAAGAAUAGCUUACGGAGCCCGAGCACUGGUAGAAGGUGGGUGGCAGUGCCUCCCAGUACCAGUUUUCCCCGGAGGCUGUCUGGCUGGAGACACGGCUGGUUUCCUUAAUGUACCACGGAUUAAAGGCACUCACAAUGCUAUGAAGAGCGGCAUGUUAGCUGCUGAAUCAGCAGUGGACUUGAUUCUGUCUGGAGAGGCCACUCACGAGAAAGGCGUGACUCCAACUUUAUACGAGGAUAAAUUGAAGCAAUCCUAUGUCUAUAAGGAAUUAAAGCAAGUAAGAAACUGUCGUCCGUCAUUCCACUACGGCAUGUAUGGGGGUUUAGCUUACUCUGCUUUCUCAACAUUAGUCCGUGGAAAGGAACCUUGGACUUUAAGUCAUGGGGGAGCUGACCACGCAAAAUUGAAACCUGCGAAGGAAUUCCAACCCAUCGAAUAUCCUAAACCAGAUGGUGUCAUUACUUUUGACUUGUUGUCAUCGGUCGCUCUAACUGGUACAAAUCACGAAGCCGACCAACCACCACAUCUGACCCUAAAAGAUGACACAAUACCUAUUAAAAGGAAUCUCGCAGUUUUCGACGGGCCUGAGGCUAGGUUCUGUCCAGCUGGUGUAUAUGAAUUUGUGCCGAUGGAAACAGGCGAAGGACAGAGGCUACAAAUCAACGCACAAAAUUGCAUUCAUUGUAAGACAUGUGAUAUUAAGGAUCCGUCUCAGAAUAUCAACUGGGUGGUCCCUGAAGGAGGCGGCGGUCCGGCUUACAACGGAAUGUAAACUAGUACUGAUUAUUAUUGCGUUAUUAUAAUAAUAUACGUAUAUUACUUGUUCAAUUUAACAGUGACUAUAUUAAAAAAAAAAGAACAGAAAUAUGUCAUAGACAUAGAAAGCAAGAUUUUGUAUUAUUAUUAAGUUUAGAAAUUGAGCAAAGACAUUUUAAAUAAUUUACUAAUCACACAAUCAUAUUAUAAACACCAUGAUGAUACGUGUUUUUCCAUUUAUCAUUUAUUUUAAAAUUUCAUUUUAUUUUAUUUUUAGUAAAUCUAAAGCGAAUUAAUAUUUAAUUUGUUAAGUGUUUGUAAUAAUUUUCAUUUUCUUAUUAUGGUCUAAAUAUAGGUCGCAGGUAUAAAACAAUAAAAUGUUCUUACCGUUUUCUGAGUACAGAAAAAUAAAAAUAAAAUGUAAAUUGUUUCAUUGUUUGUUGAAUGAGUAAUGUAUAAUCCAUUUCAAAUUAAUUCAUGCAAUUAUUAAAUUUAUUGUCUCGAAACUAUUCUUAUUAUAUACAUAAAAUUAAUAUUAUGUUUAUUUCAAAAGUAUAAAUAUAUUUAACGUAGUCAUUUCAGUACGAAUCAGUGAGAUUACAUAUAAUUGUUAUUAAUAUUUAAAUUUAGUAAGAGAAUUAACUUUAUCAUAUCUUUCUCAGUCCUUUAUCAAUUAAAUAAUGUUUGAGAGUUGUAAAAUUAAUUAUUUUGAUCGAGA